AUGCGGAAACCGGAUCAUUGUUUCUAUAAACACGUUUUGAAAGAGACCAGCACAGCGUCCUCCGAGGCAAUCUUUAUCGAUGACAAAAAGGAAAAUACCCUAGCCACACAGGAGGUUGGCAUGACGGGUCUACUGUUCGACGGUACAAAGGCAGAUGAGGUCCGAGGAAAGGCUGCAGAUAGCAUUGCAUAG